AUGGGCAAGAGAAAAUACGGCAAUCCUUCUUCGCCUAAAGACAGCCAAUUGCUGUUGUCGGACCAGAUCCGGUCGUCGCAGGCGUGCGACCGGUGUCGUCUCAAGAAAAUAAAAUGUGAUGGGCUCAAGCCCAGCUGCACAUCGUGCAAAAAGGUCGGUUUUCAUUGCCAGACCAGUGACAAACUCACACGACGCGGAUUCCCGCGUGGCUACACCGAAAUGCUCGAGCGCGAGGUAAUCAAGCUCCAACGCCAGCUCAAUCUUGUCGAUGAGGACGGUAACACUAUUGCGCCCGGGUCGCGUGAAGUUUCGUCCGCAGCCGCAACAUCCGUGUCCGUAGCCACACAUGGCGCCGACCUCGACGUGAACCACAAAUCCCACCACGGGCCUCGGCUCCCGUUUGUCAACGACACCUUCCACUACUACAGCAAUUACGUUGGACCCGACGAGCGCUACAUUGGCAAUGCCACUUGGAAUCUGCUCACCGACACCGUCAGCGUGCUGUCGCACAACGCCAUACCUGACGAGGAUGCGUGGCUCCGCAGCUACCUCGUACAGCAAUUUCAACUCACUCACAACUAUCUGCCUGCUGUGCUACUCUCUAAGUACCACGGUGACUCUGCAUUCACCCGCAAGCGCGUCAGCAGAGGCAUCACAGAGUUCUUCCGUAUUGGCAUGUCGCUCGUGCCCAUCCUCAGCUCGCCUGAGUGGGAGAAAGACCUCAUGGAUGUCUUCGACACCACCGCACAUCCAACCACCGUACUAGCGCUCCUGCUAGUGAUCCAACGCCAAUGGUUAUGCUUCAGUGACGAUAAGCUUUUCGUUGCCACUAAGAUCGUUUGCACGAACUCCACCCGCUCUUUGCGUAAUCUUCAGUGUAUGCUCCUUGCGAGUUACUAUUUCAUGGGCACUCCGGGUUCUGCAGUUUUAGGGAACGCUUCUACUAGUGCCUACUCUUCUGAACUGCUGCGGUUGUGUUUCGCAGAAGUUGUCAAUAUGGGCAUUUUCAUCAAUAGUCGUCGUCUCAUCCCCGUGAGUUCGCAACAGUCGCUUAACCACACUGAGCGGCUCAUUACAUUUUGGUGUUUUCAAUUUCUUGAUUCCUGGUGGACUCUCAUACAGGGAACUCCAAAAUACAAUUUCACACUUGACGAGUUUCAGCCUCCUACGGUAUCAUCGUUGCAAAUCCCCAGAUUUAAACCAUUUGGUCUUCUGGUGGACUUCGUUGUUGGCUCUCUGGACGGUUGCAACUUCCUACAUGCUUUAUCCCAAGGUGGGGCUUCUCAAUUGGUUCUUGUUCUGGAAAGCUUUCGAAAAAUUCUCAUUCAGUACAGCCUUUAUCACAGACUAGAGGACCAUGAGCCCUACAAGCUGCCGAACCUUGUGACAAAUGUAGAAACUCCUCAGGCUGCAGAAAUCCAGCUUACCUUGUAUUACCUGGUCAUGCGUUUUUUUACUGACACCAAGGCAUCACAGUCAAGUGAAAAGCCAUCGGUUUUCGUAGAGGAAACCGCAUACGAGAUUUUGACACUCUAUUAUCUGGUGUUGGUCAACCAAGGAGAUCCGAAGGCACAGCUGCCUCAGCAACUACAGGUGCUCCAUGUACUUCCAUGUGGUAACCUUGAUAUGAUACGAUUAUGCUUGGAAACUCUCCUAGCUUGGGCAAUGUCCCCUCAAGAUCAGGAGUCUGAUGCUCAAUUAAACUGGCAGUUUGAGAAGUAUCAAUCUAUCGUUGCCGCUUGGUGUGGGUUGUGGUAUCAAGAUGAACCCGAAGAUGAACUCUUAGGUAAAUUGCAACUUUUAUUCAAGUUCAAUAUCAGUAUUCCCCUAGAGCGACACAAUUUCAAUUUGGAUAUGCUUAAGUACCUGAACUCCAUGAAGAGUCAUGCUGGACGUCCACUUAUUCUACGUCCUCCUGCCAAUGCUGCUGCGGAGGUUAUCGACCCAUUUGACAUGUUCAAUACUGGUGACGUUCCUAGUACUUUGCCUACAUCACAGCAUAUUAAUGCACUUUUUAACCCUCAACUCUCGCAAGAAACCACACUUGGUCAGGAAGAGGAUGAUGGUUACGCUGAAGAUGAUGAUGAAGACGAAGAUACUCCGCUGGAAAUUCCUUUUAGCAAAAAACGUCAUCCAACUAUGAGAACUCAAUCGAUACAGGAAUCCAUUCUUCCGCAGCGGUCAGGCUCUCUAUUCGAGCAACGUCAUAAUAAACCCGCUGUGCGGCGAAAGUCUGAUAUGGUCGUUGCUGGCAGUGAUCAUAUUAUACUAAACAAUACGGAACCGGUACUUGGAUCUUCUUCCAAGAAGAGAAAACUAGGGCAAAAUAACUCUAUGGCUAAUGCAGAGCAUUACUCAUUGGUUCAAGGUGAACAGAGGACCCCGCCUCAAGUGGAAACACCGAGGUCGUUAGUGGAGAUGCUAGAUCUGCCCGUUCAAGAAGAGAAGGAGACAACUUCAACACGGAAAGAUGAUGAUGCUUCCCACCAUAGAAUUGCAAUCAAUCAGGAUAGCAUUGAUUAG